AUGUUACAUCGACUGUUUCAAUAUUGGCGGCUUUUUUCUGAGCUACCUCGUUUGGUGACACUGCUUUGCACUCUCCUGAUCUUCUUGACGAGUUGUGUCAAUCCGUUUAUCUAUGGGUUCAUGAAUCGCUCUUUCAAGGUUGAGUUCAAGAAAUUUUUGUUUCCAAGACCAAAACCCUCAGUACAGCCGACUCCUGUUAUUGCGGACACCUUCGGUGAGGGGAGAUAUAGUGUCCGUAAUAGCGAGAGUCCGUAAUCGCGGGGUACGAGGAAAAAGAAAUUGUUUUCUCUUAAACUUUUGAAAUAAUAUGUUAAAGUCCCAGAGGCAUUGUAGUGUCGACAAUUCUUCACUUCUUUUACCUAUGGACCAUAGAAGAUUAAAGAUAAUAAGAUUGUAAAUAGAUCUAAAUACGUAUGCUGUAUUAUCACUUCCAAGCUCCUGCAAUGACAAGGGAUACAUAAGAAAGGCCUUUAAAAACCAAACGGAAACUUCUUCGGUAACGUGAAUGGCUAAAAUGUUAACUUGCUGUCAAGUAUAAUGUUUUUUAUUGUUCUUGGCAGUUCUUUUAUCGCAGAAGUGCUGCCCAGUAUACUCAUAACAGAAACCUGUCAAACGACAUUUGACUCACAGUAGAGAGUUAAAAUAGCGCAAAAUGUUUGUAAGCUCUAAUGGCAAUGUCUUUUUCCCCUAAAAUGCUCUAGAGCAGUCAUUUGUUUACUCUUUUACAAAGAAGCGGUCGAUAGUACUUUGUGUCAUUUUUUCCAUUAUUGUAUUCUCGCUUUAUUCUUUAUGUUAUGUGGGUCAGGAUUUUUGACGAAGUACUCAAGUGUCCGCUAUAGCGAGGGAAAAAAACAAGUGAAAUGUCGGGCUUGGGGGCGGGAAAGUGUCCACAUUUCCGUAAUAGCGAGAGUUUGUUUCAGUCAUUUCUUUAUGCGUUUCACCGCGGAGCUGGCUCUUGUCCUCAUUAGCCUGAUUCGGAUCUCACGAUACAGCCAUGAAAAAAAAAAAAAAAAGUACUGCAUAACCAUUAAAUAUAAUAGUUGUGACUAUACUAGCCAUUUUAUUCGUGGAAAAUGGCUCUUAGUCAAUUUAGCGCAAAGGGAAGAACAAUUUUUCUAUUUGUAUUUAGCUGGAUCUGCUCAGAGGGAAUCUGUCUAUGAGAAACUUCCAUGGAUAGGAACAGAGCCAAAAACUGAUUGUCAUUGGCAGUCAUAGAUUUAGUUUCGAAGUCAUAAUUGUCGUGAAUUGUAAAAAAAGACUUAAGAGCCAAAAAUCGUGUGUUGUGUGCUUAAAUAUUAAUAUAUGUGCCAAAUCUUAAUCACAACUGUAAUAAUUAUACUACAAAAAAUAAUAUUUAUAUGGCCCACAUACACCUAUGGUUUAAGGCGCUUAGUUCGACAAAAUCAAUUAAUUGAUAUGGGAGGAACUUCAUCGCUAGAAGAUUUCAUAUUACUUAUGAUGUUUAAAAGGAACUUGUUGAUUAGAAAAGCUCUCAAGGUUAACGGCCCACCUGAUUGACGAUUCAAUUAUCUGAAGCAAUUCAUUAGUCCUAUACUACCCAGGGAGAUAUAGAUUAGAUGGAUUUCCAAUAUUUAAUAUUUUUAAUUACUAAAAGGAUCGAGGAAUACGUCACGUUGCGUUUCAAUGUUUGAUUGAGAGGUUAGAAUUGAAUGAACAAAUUAAUGUAUACUUUUGUUUGGCUCUUGUUUCGUGAUAGUGUUUACAAUGCAGUACAUAAUUUCGUUUUCUGUCGGCGAAAGGCCUCAGGGAAAUUAACUCCAUCAGAUUGAUGUUGAUUCUGAGUAUUUAAUGAUGUCGUUUGUCUAGCCCUAAAAUGAGAAGCCGCUGUAAAAAAAAAAAAACAAUACACUCAAAGACAAAGAUAAAAAACGUACUUUAUUGGAGUCUCAAGAUGGAUUUAGCGCGGAAGUACUAAUCGAGAACACUGUUUUUUAAGUCUAAUAGUGAAGACGGAAAGCCAUGUCUAGGUCUGGGUCUAGCCAAAGGUUGAUUUAGCUGUUUGCAGGGCAAUACAGUAUGUACCUUCAUUUCUCAGUUGUUGCUCAGUAAUACCCUGAGUGAGUAUUGGUCUAGGCCUAGGGAUCCGCCGGAACCCGCGACCUUCCCCUCUAUCCGGACUGAGCAAGUCCUGCCGCGGUCCAAAUAAUAUAUGCACUCUAAACGACACCCUAUGCGAUAAGAGCAAUAAAUUUGUUCUGAUUGUCCUCUUUACAGCCAAAGCGGGAAAACUGUGAACACUUUUAUUAUUUCAGGAAUGUUUACUGUGUUACGACCAAUCACAUACAGCAUUAAAACCAGGACACGCGAACUAGCCACAACUGAACGUUACCACAAACGCUACUGUUUCAUUGUGUUAUUCUAAACAAGUAUAAUGACCAUGGGGCAUUUCCAAAAUAACUUAACCUCUAAAACAUAGAAAUAAAAUCUGCUGGGUUCGAAUCUAUGUAAUGAAACUGAUGAUAGCAAAACUUGGCGUAAGCAAUUGUGAUAAAUGUAAAUAUCAUUUUGUAAAUUUUGUAAAUAACAAUUGUCAGUAAUGCUUUUAGUAUGACUGACUGACUAGAUUAGGUUAGGUAAUGCUACCUGGGGUCAUCAGUCUCUUGUUGGCUUAUUUGCAAAUAUUACUCUUUAGACUCAUGUAAAUGAAGUUGAAGUUUGAAGUUAGGUGAGAAUUGAAAACAUAAGUCACAAAAAUCUAAAGUUUUUCAUUGACAUUGAUUCUCCACUAACCCAAGACACAAGUUAUGCGCACAGGAUUCUGGGAUCGCGAGGGGCAAACAUUGCGAGUCGCUACAAAGUAAUGUAUGGCGUAAUGUAGUUUCUCCGUCAAAAGUAGUCUCUUUGGACGUAGAAUAAGGCAUCUUCGUCGUGAUUUUGUGAGAAGCGGAGGUGACUAAUGUUAGGGCGUUUAAAUUUCAAGUUUCUGUGUGAUUAUUAAAAGAGGGUAGCACGGAAUAGUUACAGAAACUAGUAAACUUGUGGCCCUCUAGAUAUAACUGAAGCAACGGGUGCAUUUUGUGUUGGAGAGCUUCUUGAGGUUCUUGAAGGUGCAGAAUUUUUGUUUUACCAGCCAUAUUUGUGACUGAAUAAAUUAAAAAAAUAAUAUUUUACACCCAUUUUGAUAAAUUUACACUGGUUACCAGUAAGAUAUAGAAAUAAUUUUAAAAUUUAUUACUGACUUUCAAAGCCCUCUAUGGCAUGGAACCUAGUUACAUCAUUGAUUUAAUUCAUACUAAGACUAAUACGCGCUAUUUGCUGCGCUCUAAUGAAGGUGUUUUAUUAAAGCAUCCGUCAGCAAAAAUGAAAAAGUCAUUUGGUGACAGAUCCUUCAGUGUGACUGCGCCCACUUUAUGAAACGCUCUUCCUCUUAGCCUCCGCACCAUCAAAUGUAUUUCUACUUUUAGGUCUAAUCUUAAAGCUUAUCUUUUAACAUUAGCUUUUAAUAACUCUUAGAUAUUAAAUAUAUUUGUAUAUUUCUAAUAUUUGUUUAGUUUUUAGGUUAUUAUUGUUGUAAUGCGCUUUUGAUCACCUGGUAUGUUAAAAAGCGCACUAUAAAUGAAUAAUUUAUAAAAUUAUUAUUAUUAUUAUUAUUAUUGAACGUUGUACAAGCUAACAAAAAUGUACAACAAAGAGAUCUGAUAGGAUUCAUAACCAUUCCACUUUUAAUAUACACUAUAUUGCAAGUCCUUAUCAUACAGAUAGAUAAAAGGUUUUAAUUACAAGAGUGCCCAGGAGUCGCUUAACAAUUAUGGCUUUUGCUUUCUUUCAAUUCAUCAAAAGUGCCAUACUUGCACUUUUAUUCACUCUUCCUGACAGAUUUUUUGUAUAAUAACAAUGGAGUGUCUUUGAGUUGGCAUAUUGUUUCCCCAUUAUGGAAGGUUUCCCCAUUAUAGAACAAAUAAACUAAUUUUAAUUAAGACUGACGAUUGUCAUUACAUAAUCUGGUGAGCUUCGUCAGAAGAGAACUCUAACUUUUAAGAAGGAAAAACUUAUAAAGAAAGAUUAACGGAGAAGAUGAAACGAUUUGGGACACUCUAGUCAUGAACAUAGCGCAAUUCAAGUCCAAAAAUGCCUAAAGUCAGGGAAAGCCGACAAACAUUUGUACAUUCCCAAUACUUCAACUUUUUUUAUUAAAAAUAAAUACACUGUUAAGUGAGAAACACGCGUUUCAACGGGUUUGCCGAGUUUGAUUGAUUUUGUUGUGCUUUUUGUUUCCUGUGGUACUAUGUAUGUAUAAUGUGUAUGCAGCACAAUUAAACUCAUUUAAUUAAGACCCCAGGCUUCAGAGAAAUUGACUUCUCUGUAUUCAUACUGAGAUAAUAUUUAUUUUAAAACUUUUGGUCAAACCCUUAAAUUAGCAGCUGUUCCUAAUUGAUUUAGUUCUCAACACAUCUCGGCUAACUUAAAAUCCUCUACGUUUGGAACAAGCCGUACGGUUGUGUUUCCACCGCACUAACGUACCUAUUGGAACUUGUCUUUCUGACUAAAUAAGUCACAGAAGGUGUUGGACAGAGUCGUGACUUAAGCAACGAUCUUUAUACAAACAAACUGAAAAUACACCUUUAGAAAACAGUCGAUCAUGCCUCAGAGCCCUGAGGAAGAGGAACUCGCGUGGAAACAACUUCAAUCAAGACAUGUCGCCAUCGUGGUUUUUGAGUCCUUCCUAUUCAUUUUUGUCAUGGUGUUAUCUCUGUUUGGAAAUCUGUUGGUCUGUUACGCUGUAUACCGAACUCCUCGACUACGAUGUCCCAGCAACUAUUACAUCAUUUCCUUGGCUAUGACCGACAUCUUGCAAGCGCUCUGCACGAUGCCACUUUCCGUUGUUUUUCUGUCAACCGGACAAUGGCCAUUCGGAAAAGUCUUAUGUUACUCCUCCGCCAUCACCAAAUUUGUCCUGACCAAAGCAUCCAUAUACACUAUGGCUCUUAUGGCACUGAACAGAUAUUAUAAAAUAGUGAAGCCUAGUAAGUACCAAGCCUUAUUCAAGAAAAAGUUCAUCGUUGUCACUGCAGUGUUAGCUUAUGCUAUACCAAUUUUUGUAGCGCUUGUCUCUGCCUUUGCUCUCAAUCAAGCCACCAAACCGAGCCCCGGUUUCGCCCUAUGCACAACACAAAUUCGCCCUCGGUUUUUGGUAAUUAUAACUAUUUUACUCUUUUCGCCGUAUAUUAUUAUCGGUUUUUGUUACUGGAAAAUUCACAAGACAAUCAAAACGCACAACGCCAGCAUGUCUUGGAAGACGUCAAACGUCCAAGAUGUAAAAAUAAGCAAGACUCUGGGUGUUACCGUGAUUGCUUUUGUUUGCCUUUGGCUACCGGUCCAUGUUACAUCGACUGUUUCAAUAUUGGCGGCUUUUUCUGAGCUACCUCGUUUGGUGACACUGCUUUGCACUCUCCUGAUCUUCUUGACGAGUUGUGUCAAUCCGUUUAUCUAUGGGUUCAUGAAUCGCUCUUUCAAGGUUGAGUUCAAGAAAUUUUUGUUUCCAAGACCAAAACCCUCAGUACAGCCGACUCCUGUUAUUGCGGACACCUUCGGUGAGGGGGAGAUAUAGUGUCCGUAAUAGCGAGAGUCCGUAAUCGCGGGGUACGAGGGAAAAAGAAAUUGUUUUCUCUUAAACUUUUGAAAUAAUAUGUUAAAGUCCCAGAGGCAUUGUAGUGUCGACAAUUCUUCACUUCUUUUACCUAUGGACCAUAGAAGAUUAAAGAUAAUAAGAUUGUAAAUAGAUCUAAAUACGUAUGCUGUAUUAUCACUUCCAAGCUCCUGCAAUGACAAGGGAUACAUAAGAAAGGCCUUUAAAAACCAAACGGAAACUUCUUCGGUAACGUGAAUGGCUAAAAUGUUAACUUGCUGUCAAGUAUAAUGUUUUUUAUUGUUCUUGGCAGUUCUUUUAUCGCAGAAGUGCUGCCCAGUAUACUCAUAACAGAAACCUGUCAAACGACAUUUGACUCACAGUAGAGAGUUAAAAUAGCGCAAAAUGUUCGAAGCUCUAAUGGCAAUGUCUUUUUCCCCUAAAAUGCUCUAGAGCAGUCAUUUGUUUACUCUUUUACAAAGAAGCGGUCGAUAGUACUUUGUGUCAUUUUUUCCAUUAUUGUAUUCUCGCUUUAUUCUUUAUGUUAUGUGGGUCAGGAUUUUUGACGAAGUACUCAAGUGUCCGCUAUAGCGAGGGAAAAAAACAAGUGAAAUGUCGGGCUUGGGGGCGGGAAAGUGUCCACAUUUCCGUAAUAGCGAGAGUUUGUUUCAGUCAUUUCUUUAUGCGUUUCACCGCGGAGCUGGCUCUUGUCCUCAUUAGCCUGAUUCGGAUCUCACGAUACAGCCAUGAAAAAAAUAAAAAAGUACUGCAUAACCAUUAAAUAUAAUAGUUGUGACUAUACUAGCCAUUUUAUUCGUGGAAAAUGGCUCUUAGUCAAUUUAGCGCAAAGGGAAGAACAAUUUUUCUAUUUGUAUUUAGCUGGAUCUGCUCAGAGGGAAUCUGUCUAUGAGAAACUUCCAUGGAUAGGAACAGAGCCAAAAAACUGAUUGUCAUUGGCAGUCAUAGAUUUAGUUUCGAAGUCAUAAUUGUCGUGAAUUGUAAAAAAGACUUAAGAGCCAAAAAUCGUGUGUUGUGUGCUUAAAUAUUAAUAUAUGUGCCAAAUCUUAAUCACAACUGUAAUAAUUAUACUACAAAAAAUAAUAUUUAUAUGGCCCACAUACACCUAUGGUUUAAGGCGCUUAGUUCGACAAAAUCAAUUAAUUGAUAUGGGAGGAACUUCAUCGCUAGAAGAUUUCAUAUUACUUAUGAUGUUUAAAAGGAACUUGUUGAUUAGAAAAGCUCUCGAGGUUAACGGCCCACCUGAUUGACGAUUCAAUUAUCUGAAGCAAUUCAUUAGUCCUAUACUACCCAGGGAGAUAUAGAUUAGAUGGAUUUCCAAUAUUUAAUAUUUUUAAUUACUAAAAGGAUCGAGGAAUACGUCACGUUGCGUUUCAAUGUUUCAUUGAGAGGUUAGAAUUGAAUGAACAAAUUAAUGUAUACUUUUGUUUGGCUCUUGUUUCGUGGUAGUGUUUACAAUGCAGUACAUAAUUUCGUUUUCUGUCGGCGAAAGGCCCCAGGGAAAUUAACUCCAUCAGAUUGAUGUUGAUUCUGAGUAUUUAAUAAUGUCGUUUGUCUAGCCCUAAAAUGAGAAGCCGCUGUAAAAAAAAAAAAUAAAACAAUGCACUCAAAUACAAAGAUAAAAACGCGCUUUAUUGGAGUCUCAAGAUGGAUUUAGCGCGGAAGUACUAACCGAGAACACUGUUUUUUAAGUCUAAUCGUGAAGACGGAAAGCCAUGUCUAGGUCUGGGUCUAGCCAAAGGUUGGUCUUGCUGUUUGCAGGGCAAUACAGUAUGUACCUUCAUUUCUCAGUUGUUGCUCAGUAAUACCCUGAGUGAGUAUUGGUCUAGGCCUAGGGAUCCGCCGGAACCCGCGACCUUCCCCUCUAUCCGGACUGAGCAAGUCCUGCCGCGGUCCAAAUAAUAUAUGCACUCUAAACGACACCCUAUGCGAUAAGAGCAAUAAAUUUGUUCUGAUUGUCCUCUUUACAGCCAAACCGGGAAAACCGUGAACACUUUUAUUAUUUCAGGAAUGUUUACUGUGUUACGACCAAGCACAUACAGCAUUAAAACCAGGACACGCGAACUAGCCACAACUGAACGUUACCACAAACGCUACUGUUUCAUUGUGUUAUUCUAAACAAGUAUAAUGACCAUGGGGCAUUUCCAAAAUAACUUAACCUCUAAAACAUAGAAAUAAAAUCUGCUGGGUUCGAAUCUAUGUAAUGAAACUGAUGAUAGCAAAACUUGGUGUAAGCAAUUGUGAUAAAUGUAAAUAACAAUUGUCAGUAAUGCUUUAGUAUGACUGACUAACUAGAUUAGGUUAGGUAAUGCUACCUGGGGUCAUCAGUCUCUUGUUGUCUUAUUUGCAAAUAUUACUCUUUAGACUCAUGUAAAUGAAGUUGAAGUUUGAAGUUAGGUGAGAAUUGAAAACACAAGUCACAAAAAUCUAAAGUUUUUCAUUGACAUUGAUUCUCCACUAACCCAAGACACAAGUUAUGCGCACAGGAUUCUGGGAUCGCGAGGGGCAAACAUUGCGAGUCGCUACAAAGUAAUGUAUGGCGUAAUGUAGUUUCUCCGUCAAAAGUAGUCUCUUUGGACGUAGAAUAAGGCAUCUUCGUCGUGAUUUUGUGAGAAGCGGAGGUGACUAAUGUUAGGGCGUUUAAAUUUCAAGUUUCUGUGUGAUUAUUAAAAGAGGGUAGCACGGAAUAGUUACAGAAACUAGUAAACUUGUGGCCCUCUAGAUAUAACUGAAGCAACGGCUGCAUUUUGUGUUGGAGAGCUUCUUGAGGUUCUUGAAGGUGCAGAAUUUUUGUUUUACCAGCCAUAUUUGUGACUGAAUAAAUUAAAAAAAUAAUAUUUUACACCCAUUUUGAUAAAUUUACACUGGUUACCAGUAAGAUAUAGAAAUAAUUUUAAAAUUUAUUACUGACUUUCAAAGCCCUCUAUGGCAUGGAACCUAGUUACAUCAUUGAUUUAAUUCAUACUAAGACUAAUACGCGCUAUUUGCUGCGCUCUAAUGAAGGUGUUUUAUUAAAGCAUCCGUCAGCAAAAAUGAAAAAGUCAUUUGGUGACAGAUCCUUCAGUGUGGCUGCGCCCACUUUAUGAAACGCUCUUCCUCUUAGCCUCCGCACCAUCAAAUGUAUUUCUACUUUUAGGUCUAAUCUUAAAGCUUAUCUUUUAAAUUAGCUUUUAAUAUCUCUUAGAUAUUAAAUAUAUUUCUAUAUUUCUAAUAUUUGUUUAGUUUUUAGGUUAUUAUUGUUGUAAUGCGCUUUUGAUCACCUGGUAUGUUAAAAAGCGCACUAUAAAUGAAUAAUUUAUAAAAUUAUUAUUAUUAUUAUUAUUGAACGUUGUACAAGCUAACAAAAAUGUACAACAAAGAGAUCUGAUAGGAUUCAUAACCAUUCCACUUUUAAUAUACACUAUAUUGCAAGUCCUUAUCAUACAGAUAGAUAAAAGGUUUUAAUUACAAGAGUGCCCAGGAGUCGCUUAACAAUUAUGGCUUUUGCUUUCUUUCAAUUCAUCAAAAGUGCCAUACUUGCACUUUUAUUCACUCUUCCUGACAGAUUUUUUGUAUAAUAACAAUGGAGUGUCUUUGAGUUGGCAUAUUGUUUCCCCAUUAUGGAAGGUUUCCCCAUUAUAGAACAAAUAAACUAAUUUUAAUUAAGACUGACGAUUGUCAUUACAUAAUCUGGUGAGCUUCGUCAGAAGAGAACUCUAACUUUUUAAGAAGGAAAAACUUAUAAAGAAAGAUUAACGGAGAAGAUGAAACGAUUUGGGACACUCUAGUCAUGAACAUAGCGCAAUUCAAGUCCAAAAAUGCCUAAAGUCAGGGAAAGCCGACAAACAUUUGUACAUUCCCAAUACUUCAACUUUUUUAUUAAAAAUAAAUACACUGUUAAGUGAGAAACACGCGUUUCAACGGGUUUGCCGAGUUUGAUUGAUUUUGUUGUGCUUUUUGUUUCCUGUGGUACUAUGUAUGUAUAAUGUGUAUGCAGCACAAUUAAACUCAUUUAAUUAAGACCCCAGGCUUCAGAGAAAUUGACUUCUCUGUAUUCAUACUGAGAUAAUAUUUAUUUUAAAACUUUUGGUCAAACCCUUAAAUUAGCAGCUGUUCCUAAUUGAUUUAGUUCUCAACACAUCUCGGCUAACUUAAAAUCCUCUACGUUUGGAACAAGCCGUACGGUUGUGUUUCCACCGCACUAACGUACCUAUUGGAACUUGUCUUUCUGACUAAAUAAGUCACAGAAGGUGUUGGACAGAGUCGUGACUUAAGCAACGAUCUUUAUACAAACAAACUGAAAAUACACCUUUAGAAAACAGUCGAUCAUGCCUCAGAGCCCUGAGGAAGAGGAACUCGCGUGGAAACAACUUCAAUCAAGACAUGUCGCCAUCGUGGUUUUUGAGUCCUUCCUAUUCAUUUUUGUCAUGGUGUUAUCUCUGUUUGGAAAUCUGUUGGUUUGUUACGCUGUAUACCGAAAUCCUCGACUACGAUGUCCCAGCAACUAUUACAUCAUUUCCUUGGCUAUGACCGACAUCUUGCAAGCGCUCUGCACGAUGCCACUUUCCGUUGUUUUUCUGUCAACCGGACAAUGGCCAUUCGGAAAAGUCUUAUGUUACUCCUCCGCCAUCACCAAAUUUGUCCUGACCAAAGCAUCCAUAUACACUAUGGCUCUUAUGGCACUGAACAGAUAUUAUAAAAUAGUGAAGCCUAGUAAGUACCAAGCCUUAUUCAAGAAAAAGUUCAUCGUUGUCACUGCAGUGUUAGCUUAUGCUAUACCAAUUUUUGUAGCGCUUGUCUUUGCCUUUGCUCUCAAUCAAGCCACCAAACCGAACCCCGGUUACGCCCUAUGCACAACACAAAUUCGUCCUCGGUUUUUGGUAAUUAUAACUAUUUUACUCUUUUCGCCGUAUAUUAUUAUCGGUUUUUGUUACUGGAAAAUUCACAAGACAAUCAAAAUGCACAACGCCAACAUGUCUUGGAAGACGUCAAACGUCCAAGAUGUAAAAAUAAGCAAGACUCUGGGUGUCACCGUGAUUGCUUUUGUUUGCCUUUGGCUUCCGGUCCAUGUUACAUCGACUGUUUCAAUAUUGGCGGCUUUUUCUGAGCUACCUCGUUUGGUGACACUGCUUUGCACUCUCCUGAUCUUCUCGACGAGUUGUGUCAAUCCGUUUAUCUAUGGGUUCAUGAAUCGCUCUUUCAAGGCAGAGUUCAAGAAAUUUUUGUUUCCAAGACCAAAACCCUCAGUACAGCCGACUCCCGUUAUUGCGGACACCUUCGGUGGGGGGGAGAUAUAGUGUCCGUAAUAGCGAGAGUCCGUAAUCGCGGGGUACGAGGGAAAAAGAAAUUGUUUUCUCUUAAACUUUUGAAAUAAUAUGUUAAAGUCCCAGAGGCAUUGUAGUGUCGACAAUUCUUCACUUCUUUUAACUAUGGACCAUAGAAGAUUAAAGAUAAUAAGAUUGUAAAUAGAUCUAAAUACGUAUGCUGUAUUAUCACUUCCAAGCUCCUGCAAUGACAAGGGAUACAUAAGAAAGGCCUUUAAAAACCAAACGGAAACUUCUUCGGUAACGUGAAUGGCUAAAAUGUUAACUUGCUGUCAAGUAUAAUGUUUUUUAUUGUUCUUGGCAGUUCUUUUAUCGCAGAAGUGCUGCCCAGUAUACUCAUAACAGAAACCUGUCAAACGACAUUUGACUCACAGUAGAGAGUUAAAAUAGUGCAAAAUGUUUGUAAGCUCUAAUGGCAAUGUCUUUUUCCCCUAAAAUGCUCUAGAGCAGUCAUUUGUUUACUCUUUUACAAAGAAGCGGUCGAUAGUACUUUGUGUCAUUUUUUCCAUUAAUAAUAAUGAUAAUAAUAAUAAUAAUCAACUUUAUUUAACGAGGAUAACACGGGACAGUACUUCAACUGAAUAACUAGUGGCCCUCAAACUAAAAUUAUAAAACAAAAAAUGAAAGUCAAUUUAGCGCAAAGGGAAGAACAAUUUUUCUAUUUGUAUUUAACUGGAUCUGCUCAGAGGGAAUCUGUCUAUGAGAACUUCCAUGGAUAGGAACAGAGCCAAAAAACUGAUGGUCAUUGACAGACACAAAUGUAGCUUCGAAGUCAUAAUUGUCGUGAACUGUAAAAAAGACCACAGCCAAAAAUCGUGUGUUAUGUGCUUAAAUAUUAAUCUAAGUGCCAAAUCUUAAUCACAACUGUAAUAAUUAUACUACAAAAAAUAAUAUUUAUAUGGCCCACAUACACCUAUGGUUUAAGGCGCUUAGUUCGACAAAAUCAAUUAAUUGAUAUGGGAGGAACUUCAUCGCUAGAAGAUUUCAUAUUACUUAUGAUGUUGAAAAGGAACUUUCUGAUUAGAAAAGCUCUCAAGGUUAACGGCCCACCUGAUUGACGAUUCAAUUAUCUGAAGCAAUUCAUUAGUCCUAUACUACCCAGGGAGAUAUAGAUUAGAUGGAUUUCCAAUAUUUGAUAUUUUUAAUUACUAAAAGGAUCGAGGAAUACGUCACGUUGCGUUUCAAUGUUUGAUUGAGAGGUUAGAAUUGAAUGAACAAAUUAAUGUAUACUUUUGUUUGGCUCUUGUUUCGUGAUAGUGUUUACAAUGCAGUACAUAAUUUCAUUUUCUGUAGGCAAAAGGCCUCAGGGAAAUUAACUCCAUCAGAUUGAUGUUGAUUCUGAGUAUUUAAUGAUGUCGUUUGUCUAGCCCUAAAAUGAGAAGCCGCUGUAAAAAAAAAAAAUAAAACAAUACACUCAAAGACAAAGAUAAAAAACGUACUUUAUUGGAGUCUCAAGAUGGAUUUAGCGCGGAAGUACUAAUCGAGAACACUGUUUUUUAAGUCUAAUAGUGAAGACGGAAAGCCAUUUCUAGGUCUAGCCAAAGGUUGAUUUAGCUGUUUGCAGGGCAAUACAGUAUGUACCUUCAUUUCUCAGUUGUUGCUCAGUAAUACCCUGAGUGAGUAUUGGUCUAGGCCUAGGGAUCCGCCGGAACCCGCGACCUUCCCCUCUAUCCGGACUGAGCAAGUCCUGCCGCGGUCCAAAUAAUAUAUGCACUCUAAACGACACCCUGUGCGAUAAGAGCAAUAAAUUUGUUCUGAUUGUCCUCUUUACAGCCAAAGCGGGAAAACUGUGAACACUUUUAUUAUUUCAGGAAUGUUUACUGUGUUACCCGACCAAGCACAUACAGCAUUAAAACCAGGACACGCGAACUAGCCACAACUGAACGUUACCACAAACGCUACUGUUUCAUUGUGUUAUUCUAAACAAGUAUAAUGACCAUGGGGCAUUUCCAAAAUAACUGAACCUCUAAAACAUAGAAAUAAAAUCUGCUGGGUUCGAAUCUAUGUAAUGAAACUGAUGAUAGCAAAACUUGGCGUAAGCAAUUGUGAUAAAUGUAAAUAUCAUUUUUGUAAAUUUUGUAAAUAACAAUUGUUAGUAAUGCUUUAGUAUGACUGACUGACUAGAUUAGGUUAGGUAAUGCUACCUGGGGUCAUCAGUCUCUUGUUGGCUUAUUUGCAAAUAUUACUCUUUAGACUCAUGUAAAUGAAGUUGAAGUUUGAAGUUAGGUGAGAAUUGAAAACACAAGUCACAAAAAUCUAAAAUUUUUCAUUGACAUUGAUUCUCCACUAACCCAAGACCCAAGUUAUGCGCACAGGAUUCUGGGAUCGCGAGGGGCAAACAUUGCGAGUCGCUACAAAGUAAUGUAUGGCGUAAUGUAGUUUCUCCGUCAAAAGUAGUGUCUUUGGACGUAGAAUAAGGCAUUUUCGUCGUGAUUUUGUGAGAAGCGGAGGUGACUAAUGUUAGGGCGUUUAAAUUUCAAGUUUCUGUGUGAUUAUUAAAAGAGGGUAGCACGGAAUAGUUACAGAAACUAGUAAACUUGUGGCCCUCUAGAUAUAACUGAAGCAACGGCUGCAUUUUGUGUUGGAGAGCUUCUUGAGGUUCUUGAAGGUGCAGAAUUUUUGUUUUACUAACCAUAUUUGUGACUGAAUAAAUUAAAAAAAUAAUAUUUUACACCCAUUUUGAUAAAUUUACACUGGUUACCAGUAAGAUAUAGAAAUAAUUUUAAAAUUUAUUACUGACUUUCAAAGCCCUCUAUGGCAUGGAACCUAGUUACAUCAUUGAUUUAAUUCAUACUAAGACUAAUACGCGCUAUUUGCUGCGCUCUAAUGAAGGUGUUUUAUUAAAGCAUCCGUCAGCAAAAAUGAAAAAGUCAUUUGGUGACAGAUCCUUCAGUGUGGCUGCGCCCACUUUAUGAAACGCUCUUCCUCUUAGCCUCCGCACCAUCAAAUGUAUUUCUACUUUUAGGUCUAAUCUUAAAGCUUAUCUUUUAACAUUAGCUUUUAAUAACUCUUAGAUAUUAAAUAUAUUUCUAUAUUUCUAAUAUUUGUUUAGUUUUUAGGUUAUUAUUGUUGUAAUGCGCUUUUGAUCACCUGGUAUGUUAAAAAGCGCACUAUAAAUGAAUAAAUUAUUAUUAUUAUUAUUGAACGUUGUACAAGCUAACAAAAAUGUACAACAAAGAGAUCUGAUAGGAUUCAUAACCAUUCCACUUUUAAUAUACACUAUAUUGCAAGUCCUUAUCAUACAGAUAGAUAAAAGGUUUUAAUUACAAGAGUGCCCAGGAGUCGCUUAACAAUUAUGGCUUUUGCUUUCUUUCAAUUCAUCAAAAGUGCCAUACUUGCACUUUUAUUCACUCUUUUCCUGACAGAUUUUUUGUAUAAUAACAAUGGAGUGUCUUUGAGUUGGCAUAUUGUUUCCCCAUUAUGGAAGGUUUCCCCAUUAUAGAACAAAUAAACUAAUUUUAAUUAAGACUGACGAUUGUCAUUACAUAAUCUGGUGAGCUUCGUCAGAAGAGAACUCUAACUUUUUAAGAAGGAAAAACUUAUAAAGAAAGAUUAACGGAGAAGAUGAAACGAUUUGGGACACUCUAGUCAUGAACAUAGCGCAAUUCAAGUCCAAAAAUGCCUAAAGUCAGGGAAAGCCGACAAACAUUUGUACAUUCCCAAUACUUCAACUUUUUUAUUAAAAAAAAACCACACUGAUAAGUGUGAAACACGCGUUUCAACGGGUUUGCCGAGUUUGAUUGAUUUUGUUGUGCUUUUUGUUUCCUGUGGUACUAUGUAUGUAUAAUGUGUAUGCAGCACAAUUAAACUCAUUUAAUUAAGACCCCAGGCUUCAGAGAAAUUGACUUCUCUGUAUUCAUACUGAGAUAAUAUUUAUUUUAAAACUUUUGGCCCAACCCUUAAAUUAAUCAACAUCUCGGCUAAUCAAUAUCUCGGCUAACUUAAAAUCCUCUACGUUUGGAACAAGCCGCACGGUUGUGUUUCCACCGCACUAACGUACCUAUUCGAACUUGUCUUUCUGACUAAAUAAGUCACAGAAGGUGUUGGACAGAGUCGUGACUUAAGCAACGAUCUUUAUACAAACAAACUGAAAAAACACCUUUAGAAAAUAGUCGAUCAUGCCUCAGAGCCCUGAGGAAGAGGAACUCGCGUGGCAACAACUUCAAUCAAGACAUGUCGCCAUCGUGGUUUUUGAGUCCUUCCUAUUCAUUUUUGUCAUGGUGUUAUCUCUGUUUGGAAAUCUGUUGGUUUGUUACGCUGUAUACCGAAAUCCUCGACUACGAUGUCCCAGCAACUAUUACAUCAUUUCCUUGGCUAUGACCGACAUCUUGCAAGCGCUCUGCACGAUGCUAGUUUCCGUUGUUUUUCUAUCAACCGGUCAUUGGCCAUUCGGAAAAGAAUUAUGUUACUCCUCCGCCAUCACCAAAUUUGUCCUGACCAAAGCAUCCAUUUACACUAUGGCUCUUAUGGCACUGAACAGAUAUUAUAAAAUAGUGAAGCCUAGUAAGUACCAAGGCUUAUUCAAGAAAAAGUUCAUCGUUGUCACUGCAGUGUUAGCUUAUGCUAUACCAAUUUUUGUAGCGCUUGUCUUUGCCUUUGCUCUCAAUCAAGCCACCAAACCGAACCCCGGUUACGCCCUAUGCACAACACAAAUUCGUCCUCAGUUUCUGGUAAUUAUAACUAUUUUAAUGUUUUCGCCGUAUAUUAUUAUCGGUUUUUGUUACUGGAAAAUUCACAAGACAAUUAAAAUGCACAACGCCAACAUGUCUUGGAAAACGUCAAACGUCCAAGAUGUAAAGAUAAGCAAGACUCUGGGUGUUACCGUGAUUGCUUUUGUUUGCCUUUGGCUACCGGUCCAUGUUACAUUUACUGUUUCAAUAUUGGCAGGUUUUUCUGGGCUACCUCGUUUGGUAACACUGCUUUGCACUCUCCUGCUCUUCUUGACGAGUUGUGUCAAUCCGUUUAUUUAUGGGUUCAUGAAUCGCUCUUUCAAGGCAGAGUUCAAGAAAUUUUUGUUUCCAAGACCAAAACCC